AGCCAGUUUGGGCCCACGCCUAUCCUGGCCCGCGUGGGCGGGGAACCCCUUCCGCCCACUGACCGAGAGGCCGAUGCGCGGGCGCUGAGGUGCUCGGCGCGGGGGCCGCCCCCAUCGAACCGAGCCAUGGCCGGACGGCGCCGGCUCGCGCUGGCAGCCGCCUGUGUGGCCGCGGUGCUCCAGCUGGCCGCCGGCGCGCCCGCGCGCGGGGGCGCCGCGGAGGUGCUCCCGGGCGCCGGCGCGGAGGCGGCGGCCCCGCAGGCGGCCUGCGCCGCCGAGGAGGCCGAGGAGGCGGCGGCCCUGCGCACGCACCUCGUGCAGGUGGGCCGCCGCCCGUGGCGGGGCCCGGCGCGGGCCGCCGCGGCGGCUGACGGGCCGAGGCCGCACCUCGGGGGCGCCGCCUCGCUCGCGGGGCGCGGCGCAGAGGCGCCGCCGCCGCAGGCGAAGACCUUCCUGUGGA